GUGAGAGCUGGGCUUCUAUUUAAUGGGGGGGUCUCUCUGCCCUGAAGGAGUCAGAGGCAACUCUAGGACCAUCAGGAGCAUGGCAGAGGAUCUAGGGCCGGGCUGUGGGGAAACAGCCAGCAUCGAAAUGCUGCCCGAGGACGGCGGCUGCAGGCCCAAGGCCAGAGCUGGGCUAGCAUCCAGGAGCAGCGGUGCACGCUGGGCUCUGACCUGCUGCCUGGUGUUGCUCCCAAUCCUGGCAGGACUCACCACCUACCUGCUCGUUGGCCAGCUCCGGGCCCAAGGAGAGGCCUGUGUGUUCCAGACUCCAAAAGGACAGGAGCUUGGACCUUCACAUCAGCGAUCUUACGCACCUCCUGGAGCCGGUGGGGAUAAGCCAAGGGCACACCUGACAGUUGUGAGACAAACUCCCACGCAGUCUUUGAAAAAUCAGUUCCCAGCUCUGCAUUGGGAACAUGAACUUGGCUUGGCCUUCACCAAGAACAGGAUGAACUACACCAACAAAUUCCUGGUGAUUCCAGAGUCGGGAGACUACUUUGUUUACUCCCAGGUCACAUUCCGAGGGACCACAUCCGAGUGUGGUGAAAUCAGCCAAGGGAGCCGACUAAACAAGCCAGACUCCAUCAUCGUGGUCAUCACCAAGGUAACGGACAGCUACCCUGAGCCGACCCAGCUCCUAAUGGGGACCAAGUCAGUGUGUGAAAUAGGCAGCAACUGGUUCCAACCCAUCUACCUAGGGGCCAUGUUCUUCUUGAAUGAAGGGGACAAGCUGAUGGUGAACGUCAGUGACAUCUCUUUGGUGGAUUACACAAAAGAAGAUAAAACCUUCUUCGGAGCCUUCUUGCUAUAGCGGCAAGGCAGAUGUCAUUGUGUGAAGGUCCUCUGCCUCUUAGCUCCUAAUUUUCCUCAUUCAUAUGUAAUUAUAACUAGAAGGUUUUUUUGGAACAUCCAUAGAGACAGUGUUUAAGCCAUGAAAUUUAGGGGUCCAAAGUUCACACUUUAUGUGCCUUACUGAUGAGACUACUAAUUGGAAAAAGGCAUAAGAGAACAGACCUAUUAUCAUGGUUGCCUGGAAGAGUGGUGAGUUUCUAAACAUUAAAACACUGAUCACCAAAUGAAUGGAACAUUUCCACGCCUUCCUACUACACAUUUGUCACUAGAGGGCCCAGAUACUGUUCAAUUUUAUUAUGAAGCAUUUGCUUCAGUUCAGGAACCUUAAAAACAAAAUCUAAUGCCCUAGAAAACAGUGUAAACCCUGCAGAGGCAAAAUCCUACGUCAGUUCCUCUAAACACAUACUUUAAUGCCUUACCUAAAAAAAUGAAAAGAGAGCUGAUAUUUCUCAUAAAUGUUCUCAAAAAAAGAAAUUGAUUUUCACGCCAUCUAUGGCAAGUGAGAAAAACUACCUUUCUCUUUAUUAUGUACACAUGCAUCAAAACAAGCAAGUGUGAGUUCCACAUGUAUAUGUGGAAAUACAUACAACAAUAGCAUCUAUUCCGAACAGUGUUCUUGAGCGCCUUUUAUGUGUGUGCUACCUUAACCCAAAAGACACUAUGAAGAAUGAGACAGACUCUACCCAAAUGUAUAUGAAUACCACUAGAUGGCUUCUGGUCAAGUAUCGCUCAACAUAUUCCAAGGACUAAUUCUAAGUCCUAACAAAUCAGACACUGUUACAGAAGAUUUCUGAAGCUCUCCUGACUAUGUAAUAUAACCAGCUGAUUAGGUCACUCAAAAAACUUGAAGACAGAGUUCUAGCUAACAGACCAAUUAUAUAACAAACUUGAUUGAUGCCAAGAGACAAUGGACUUAUUCCCUGGGGGGAAAAUAUCAGUCACCAAAUCUGGAGAUGUUAACCGAGAUCUGCUUUGAGGUUUGAUUCACAACUUUAUAUGCAGAGUGUUAUAUGGGUAUUUUUCUCUUAAAAUAUUCAAAGGGAUUUAAAUGUGGAAUUGGCCAAUCAGCCCAGCCAAGGCAUCUUUCCUGAAGAAGAGGCUGAACAUUGAGAAGGUCCUUCCAUUGCUUCAAUGAUUUCACAUCCUCUAAUCUGUAUGAGUUUCCUGCACUCAUAUGUCAAGGGUUGGAGAGGCAUUUCUGCUCUCUUAGCCUCUGUUGACUUGUCUGUAAAGGAGGAAUCCACCAAUCUGUUUCCCAGGAUCAAAUGAGCUCAUGGGGAUGAAACAUGCUAACUUCGAGCAUUCUGUGAAGUCUGAGAGCGUGUCAGUGUGACAUGCGGAGUGAUCUCCAGCACCUUGGCCUCUAUAAUAAAGGUUCCCUAUUGUGAGAGACCUCACAGGUUGGUCCGAAAGCAAAUUUGGCAAUGACAUCACUCUUACUCUUUUUACCAGGAGACUACAGCGGCAGAGACAUGCAUUAUGGGGUUCCUGAACAUGAUGACUGGUGUAGCAGUACUUGAUCAAUAUCUGUUGAGUUAUAAUUAAAUAAAAAUUAAUUUCUGA